GCCUGGAUGUGAGGUAACGGAGUACCAAACCCGGAAGGACAAGGAAAUAACUUAUAACAAACAAAAGCCCGUGGAAAUGGCGAGCAACGUUUUAGCAGAAAGGGGAAGCCCGACUUAAGUUUGAAAAUACCUUGAAGAAACGGACCGAUGGACUCAAGCCACAACAUUUAAAAAGAGUUGAUAUCGGAACCGUACAAAAGCGAGCAACAGUAUGGACAGCGGUGGCUGUUGAACGUCUACCGUUUGUUGGCGAUACAAAUAUCAAGUUACAGUGAAUAAACGGAAUUAUCUCCUGGCUAGAUCCCUCCUAAUGGGAAACUUUUUUUUGCAUCUGAAAUACUUCUAAUAAUACUGAGAUAGGUGGAACGGAAUGUUCAUCGUCGACGAUUUCGGACAGGGCGAAUCACACUUCUGUAUGCAAUUACGUUUGAGAAAACGCUAACUUAAUUUUAAUCGGUUUGGAAAUACUAGAAAGACAGCAAUGACUGUCGCCGUGUUUUUCGGGUGUGCAUUUAUUGCCUUCGGGCCAGCGUUUGCCCUUUUUAUUUUCACAAUCGCCAAAGACCCCCUACGAGUCAUCUUUUUAAUUGCGGGGGCUUUCUUCUGGCUCCUGUCUCUGCUGCUCUCCUCCCUGGUGUGGUUCAUCGCCAUGAAGGCCAGUAGCAGUGAGGACCUGAGCCUGCAGCGGGGCUUGCUCAUAUUCGGGGUCAUGUUCUCCGUCAUACUGCAGGAGGUCUUCCGCUUUGCCUACUACAGGCUGCUGAGGAAAGCCAACGAAGGACUAGGCUCCCUCAGCGAGGAUGACCACUCACCCAUCUCAAUCCAGCAAAUGGCUUACGUGGCUGGACUAGGGUUUGGGAUCAUGAGCGGGGCCUUCUCGAUGAUCAACAUCCUGUCGGAUUCACUGGGUCCUGGGACGGUUGGCAUCUUCGGGGACUCUCAAUACUACUUCAUCACCUCUGCCUUCGUGACCCUGGCGAUGACGCUGCUCCACACCUUCUGGGGUGUGGUAUUCUUCGAGGGCUGCGAGCGCGGGAGGUGGUGGGUGAUCGCCGUGGUGGUGUGCCUGCACCUGGUGGUGUCUGGCCUGUCGUUCCUGAACCCCUUCUACGUGGGCAGCCUGCCGCCCAUCUACGUGAUCACAGCGCUGAUGGCCGUGUGGGCCUUCUUCUCCGCAGGCGGGAGCAUUCAGAGCCUGACACAACUCUGGACGUGUAGAAGCAACAACGUGGAUUCCUCCUAAACUCCUCAAGCCUCAGAAGGGGAGUUUGCUCUUGGCCCCUCCUCCCCAUCACCCCCCCCCCU